CUUCUUGAAUUUUCUGUGAAAUAUCUUUCAUCACUCGGAGGCUCACGGUAUUUGUAAAUUAGCUAGAUCAAUGGCCACCGGAUGUUCGAGCACGUAUCUACGAUGCUUGUCUCGGGAUUUAAGCCCCGUAGACCCAACAAUGCGCGUUUGAAUUAUUCGUUUUCUAAACAAAGAUGGCGGUCCACUGACGCUCAAAAGGAGAAAAAUGUUUUUAAGAAGAGAGAUAUUUUUCCUUAUUCGUAUUAAAAAACAAUGACAUUGGUUACCUGACAUAAAAAAUCUGAUCUGGCGUUCGCGUUGAGCGCCCGAAUUCAAAAUUUCGCGAAGAAAUUUUCAACGCCCGUUUGCCAAGAUUGAGCAGCAGAGGAUGCCAAGUGUGCCCUUACCGAGUCCCAGUUUCUCACAAGGGUGCCACACUAGCUUUGCCAAUGCAGAGUAUCGAAUUUAUGAGCUAAACAAACGACUGCAAGAAAAAAAUGAGGCUGACAUUCUUUGGUGGAAUGCAUUUACAUCAGAAUUUUUUGAGGACGAUGCUACCAUGACAUUAAAUUUUUGUCUUGACGAUGGACCAAGAACAUAUACAAUUGGCCGAAGACUUAUUCCGCGUUACUUUCGAAGCAUCUUUGAAAGUGGCGCUACGGAUCUUUCAUAUACGUUGAUUCAACCAAAAGAAAGCUAUCAAAAUAGUGCAAUUAUCUUGGAUUGUGACAGGACGAUUAUGACAACCACGUAUUUAAAACGACUGCGUACUAAGGUCGUGACCGAAGGCAGACUUCUUCUGGAAUUUUUACUCUUUGACGAUUUGAUGCGAAUACGUAAUUGGCAUUUUAACAUUCAUCAUCAUGAAGAAUACAUACCAAGACGUCUCUUGACUGCAGAUCGUAGUAUUAUUGAGGAACAAAGCAAGAACAUCACCUGUAGAGGAAUGACGUCACAUACUCAUACUUUAUUAAAUGUUUGUUUUAUACUUGAGCCCAUGCAAGAACUUAUGUCGCGACAGAAGACCUACCGCUUGAAUCCUCGAGAUUGCCUAAUAUCUACGCUAUUUGAAAGAAGGAGAAGAUUGGGUUCGCCAGUAAUGGGUGCAGUUGAAACGAAUCAUCAGCAGGAAUUACCUUGGCAAGCUCAACAGCAUACUAUAAAUAUGAACAAGCGAAGAACGUCUUCCUCAAAACGAGAUGGUAGCGCUGCUCCGAGGACAAAACGCCGGCAAGGCAGACGGAAACCAUCCACUCCAACUUCGUCCACACCGAAUGCCAACUUAACGGCAAACACUUCUGUAAAUAAGAAAAAGAAUGCCUCGCCCAGCCGUACGGUGGGAAAUUUUGGCCUUACCGCACAAGAUGUCAUGGUUGUCGGGGAACCAUCGUUAAUGGGUGGGGAAUUAUGCGACGAAGAUGAAAGACUUAUCACAAGGUUAACAUCGUUAGAAAAUACCGGUUACGACUCGAUUGUUCCUCCCGAAGAAGAAUUUCGCAACAGCCCGCUCAUUAAUAGCAGUCCAGUUAUGCCACCGUGGUCAGGGGAACCACCGCGAAAAGUCCCCGCUGCAGAAGAGACUGUAAACGAGUAACUACGCUUGUACAUGAUCAUAGAACACAGAUAGAUAUAUUUAAUUCUUUUUGAUGCGUGGGUUGUUUUUUGGUGACCCUUUAUUGUCGCAUGUCACAUGCGACGGCAAAUUCUAUUCAGCACGAUUGAAAUAUGAACAUGGCUUAUGGAUAGCUAGAGAGCUAUCCACGGUCCGCACGUCCAUGCUUUUGACUUAAGUCAGUCCAAUAAGUUGUGAUCAAAUCUCGUUAAUUAUCAAUAGGCACAAUUCAUUCUCCUGCGUUUUAUUGCCUUAUUCACAUGUGUGUGUUUGACAACAAUUUUCUGUCGUUACGGUCAGUUCCGCGAGAUAUCCGUUUAAAAUGACCGGCAUAUAGUCCUCCGUGAAGAAGACAUAAUAUUGUGUGGCGAAGAUCGCCGGGGAAAAUGCCGAAGCGAUGUGGCUACGGAUUGUACAUAAUAGCUAAAUCAGGAAAUAUAAUGUACUUGAAAUGAAAA